UGGGAGCCGGCGUGGAGUGUGGCGCUGCGUUUCGGGUGGCUGUUCCGGAGGGGCGUCGGAGAGCGCCGCUGACGGAGAUAGCCCAGCUGUGAUCCCCAGAACCUGCAAUUUCAAGGCCACCUUCGUGCCUCUGCUGUGAAGCCCCAAGGCCUGCACUUUAGCUGGAGCUCACCAUGGGGAACCACUUGACAGAGAUGGCCCCCACCACCUCCUUCUUGCCCCAGUUCCAGGCCCUGCACGUCGUGGUCAUCGGGCUGGACUCAGCUGGAAAGACCUCCCUCCUUUACCGACUCAAGUUCAAGGAGUUUGUCCAGAGCGUCCCCACCAAAGGCUUCAACACGGAGAAGAUCCGGGUGCCCCUGGGAGGGUCCCGUAGCAUCACCUUCCAAGUGUGGGAUGUUGGCGGGCAGGAGAAGCUGCGACCACUGUGGCGCUCCUACACCCGCCGGACGGAUGGGCUGGUGUUUGUGGUGGAUGCGGCCGAGGCCGAGCGGCUGGAGGAGGCGAAAGUGGAGCUACACCGAAUCAGCCGGGCGUCAGACAACCAGGGCGUGCCUGUGCUGGUGCUGGCCAACAAGCAGGAUCGGCCUGGGGCGCUGAGCGCUCCUGAGGUGGAGAAGAGGCUGGCGGUCCGAGAGCUGGCUGCGGCCACGCUCACCCACGUGCAGGGCUGCAGCGCUGUGGACGGGGCGGGUCUGCAGCCGGGCCUUGAGCGCCUGUAUGAGAUGAUUCUCAAGAGGAGGAAAGCGGCCCGGGGCAGCAAGAAGAGACGGUGAACCCAGGCUGCUCCCUCCUCGUCAGCAGGGUCUGCAUACUGGGCAGCCAGGCAGGGCCUGUGGCCCCUCGCUCAGCCCCGGGGUGCAGGACCUGUCCACCUAAGUGAAGGACUGAGGAGCACACUGGGUGCGCUGCUUUGGUGCGGCAUCGGGGAGGGGCCUGUGAGAGGGGCUGUCCACUCGCGUCUCUGCCUCAUCCUCACCUGUGGAGAUGAGGGAGCUGCAGAACAGAGGGGGCUUCAGUAUAAACUGCAAAUCUACCUCGACCUUGUUUCCUGUUCUUCAUUGGCUUUUUGAUUAAAUGUGUUUUGGGUCGAAGAAAAGUUGCUUAGAGAAUGCAUUCGAUGAUGAACGAGGAUGUCCCUGGCCCGCCUCCCCCACUGGGGAGCCCCCCCCCGGCUGCUUUUAUAGGGGUGCCAGUCAUAACAGUCUUUAUUUUUGUGUCUGUGUGAAAGUGCCAAGAACCCCUCCCCACAUGUGUUGACCGACAGCCGUUUUAUAAGCCAUGUGUGUCCUCUGUAUUAUAAACUAUUUUUUAGCAUUUACCUGUAAGUUA